GUGAUUGUCCCUCAAAAGACCAAACCCUCUCCUUUCACUGUGUUUCCGUUUAUGCAAUAAAAAGACAACUUCUCUCUUCUCUCUCUCUCUCUCUCUCUCCCCUUCGUCUUCUUGAAACUUACAAGGAAGAAGAAGUAAGCAGAUGGAGAGAGUGUCAUCAAUGGAGGAGUUUCAGCUUGAACAUCCUCUCUCACACUCUCUCAUCCAUAACCCCACAGAUGCAAACGGACCCUUACCGUCUGCUCUCUUCCUCGUCGAAUCCCAACACAUGCCUUCGUCUCUUUACUUACACAGAAUCAAGUCGUCUCCUUCUCACUUCUCUAAUCGACGUCAGGCCAUUUCCUCAAUCUUUCAGUAUUCCGGUAAAUUCCACGACCCUUCUCUGACGUAUCUGGCCGUGAACUACCUGGACAGGUUCUUGUCCUGCCACGAAGUGCCGCAAUCUAAGCCAUGGUGCUUGAGGCUGAUCUCUCUCUCUUGCGUCUCCUUGUCUGCCAAGAUGAGGAAGCCGAAUAGCUCUGUAUCUGAUCUUCAGGGCGAGGGAGGUGUGAUAUUCGACACACAGACGAUAGAGAGAAUGGAUAAUGUGAUACUGGGAGCUCUCAAAUGGAGAAUGCGCUCUAUCACUCCCUUCUCCUUCUCUUCCUUCUUCCUCCAUCUCUUUGAGUCUGGAGACUCCUUCUCAAGACAUUCCCUCAAAGCCCGAGCCCAUGAUCUUGUCUUCCAUUUUCAACACGAUAUUAAGUUCCUCGAGUUCAAACCAUCAGUAAUGGCUGCUUCGGCUCUUCUGGUCGCUUCAGCAGAGCUGUGUCCUCUGCAAUUCCCACGUUUCUUUACCACUGUUUCCCAAUGUUCAUACGUAGAUAAGGUAAUGGAAGCCUACAACGCAAUGCAAGAGAGAGAGAGCGAGGAGGAGAACGAGGGAAGCGCAGAUACGGCAGUAAACGUACUUGACCAGAGAUUUUCGAGCUCUGAAAGCAACAGGAGCUUCACGACUUUGGAUUCUCCACCGAAACGGAGGAAGGCUAGUGGCCGUUGUUAGAAAGCAAGGGGCGGUCCAUCCAGACAUAUUUUCAGUUAUGCAACACUUGCCAUGAAUUCCCCACUGGUCCCAUUGACAGGGACACUUGCUGUCUCUCUCCAUUAGUCUCUGCUUCAAAAAAAAAA